AUGGCAGACUCAUUAUUAGAGCUAUUGGCUCCUCAUCUUGAGACACCAGCCUCCAGUGACGCUACCACUUCUCAAUAUCUUAAUCGCCUGUCAACUCUAUCCUUGCAAAACCUCCAGACUACCGAACCUCAGUCCCUCGCCCAAUCCUCCCAUUCCACGCUUCUCUCUCUACAAGCAUUGUCCAAUCGCUCUCAUCGGUCUUUCAUUACCUCCGCCGAUAAUUUGUCCACCCUCCGCACCUCUAUCCCCAAGUUGACUCGCCAGGCACAAGAACUUCGUGAUGCGCUGCCGAAAUUGGAUGAAGCAGCCGUGGGCUUCUCUACAAAAUAUAGCAAAAUCACCGACAAUGCUGCUUUAGAACGGCGAAAGAAAGCUAUGCAACUGACGCGCAACGUGGACCGAUUGUCUGAUAUCCUCGAAUUGCCCUCACUCCUGUCCACCGCCGUGUCCGCGGCAUCGGCCAAUUCAGGAGCGGGCGCAGCAUCCACCACAUACUCCUCCGCACUCGAUCUGCACGCACAUAUUAAGCGACUACAAACAUUAUACCCCGAGUCGCCCUUGAUCCAGGAUGUAGCAUCUCAGGCCGAAGAUGCGAUGAAAGAAAUGACUACCAAUCUCAUUGCGGGGCUCCGAACCCAGAAUCUUCGACUCGCAGCGGGCAUGCGAACCGUGGGUUGGCUGCGCCGAGUCGCACCAGACCUGGAGACCUUGCAAAGUGAUGGAGCUACCGGGUCGGGAGAAGGAGCGCUGGGCGCUAUCUUUCUGAUUUGCCGGUUGGCCCAUCUGGUCUCAACUCUGGAGGCUUUGGACCCGCUACGAGAACUUGCCGACCAAGAAACCCAACGAAGAACAAGUGGUAAAGAUAAGGCCGACUCUUGGGCGGGUGGACAGCAGACCGACCGCUAUUUGAAACGAUACAUCGAGAUCUUUCGUGAACAAAGCUUCGCAAUUGUCUCGUUAUACAAGAACAUAUUUCCUUCCUCGGAGCAUCCGGAAUCUGAGUCUUCUGGGCCGGUGCUACAGGGAUCAGACGUCAAACACAAAUCGUCGGAUCCAUUGCAAAAUCGUCCGUCUGCUCUGACCACUUUUCCGAUGCACCUGGUGCAGCUCCUUACCGAUACUAUGAGAACAUACCUUCCUAAUGUCCGGGACCGAAGCUCGCGCGAGAGUCUACUGACGCAAUUACUGUACUGUGCCGCCAGUCUGGGUCGUCUAGGGGGCGAUUUUGGCAUGAUUCUAACCGAAUUGGCUGGAGAAGAUGAAAUUGAGUAUGAAUGGGAGGAAGUGAUGCGUAAACACCGAGCAUUGGCAGGACGAUUGGAACAAUUGACUAGUCGAGUAUCAGUGCAUUAG